AUGGAUAGUACAAGGAUUGAAGACUUACUACCUCUUCCUGUUAUCUACGAGUCUGAUGAACUGUUUUCAGAAAUAAAAAAGAUUUGCAAGAUUAUUCCACUGUCACUAUUAAUCAAGAUUCUUGAAGUAGAGCCUGAAGCUAAAUUUGAGCUAAUCCGAGUGACAAACAUAAUACGAAAAAACACACCAACUGAGGAAAGUAUUGAUAUAACCUAUGCUCGCUUGAGAAAACACAGGGUACUUCCAGAUGAAACAAAGACUAAGGACUGGAGUCCUUAUUAUGGCAUCGUGCUAGAUCAGGGAAAUCACGACAUGUGUUGGGCAAUAGUAGCAGCUGAAUUGGUUAAGGCUAUCAGAUGGAUUAGAGGGCGUGAAAGCGGAACGGAGUAUUCUUUUCAAGAACUUAUCGAUUUUGUUGAUCAAGAGAAGGGAAAGUAUUCCAAAAAGAAUGGUCACUUUUGCUAUACACUAAGCAUCAUCAAAGCCUUGACAUACAUUGUAGAAAAGGGUAUUCAAAGGGAGGUGGAUCGCCCAUUCGUUGGGUGUAGAGCAGUUCCGCCACCACGGAUUCUAUUAAAUUCGGAACUCGGAUUCAUUGGUGCAGCAAAGAAGAUCCCAACAAUAGAAGAAGCACUCGUGCACUUGCAAAAACAGCCACUUGGAGCAGCUUUCCCAAUCUUCCUUCCGGAUUACACACAAAUAAGAGAGGAGAUAUAUCAAGGACCCAUGUACAAGGGUUCAAUGUUUGUUGGCAUGCAUGCAGUAUCAGUGGUAAAAGCUGGAGUUGAUGAAAGCACCGGAGAAAGUUUUAUGAUGGUGAGAUCAUCUCAUGGCGAGAAAAUAGGAGUAAAUGGUUACUUGAAAGUGUCAAUAGAUGUUAUGCUCCUCCGAACAAGCAAAGAAUGCCACAACAAGGAUGCGGAGAGUUAUUUCCAAACGCCCACGCCACUACUAACAAGGUUUUGCUAUCCGGAACUUCUAGAGGAAAGUGAAGAGAAGAAACGGAAAAAGAAGUUAACGGAUCAACUAGCAACAAUGAACCGGAGGAAAGGAAACACUUCAAGCUAA